AUGUCGGCUCAACCACCCGCCGAACAACCCUGGCACGCAGCCUUCCCAGCACCCCGCAACACCGCCCGCGGCAUCUCCAGAGAAGAAAUGAUCCAGUGGAUGCGCGAGGGCAAGCAGGCCGGAAAGGAAUACGUGCUUGUUGACCUGCGCCGGAAUGAUCACGAAGGAGGAACGAUCAAGGGCUCACUGAACCUGCCCGCUCAGAGCUUGUAUUACUCUCUUCCAACGGUGUAUAGUCUUCUCCGGGCGGGAGGGGUGAAGUACAUCAUCUGGUAUUGCGGCUCAUCGGCGGGGCGGGGUACUAGGGCUGCUAACUGGUUUGCGGACUACCUUGAGGACCAGGGAGAUGACUCGAUUGAGAGUCUGGUGCUGCAGGGUGGGAUUAAGGGAUGGGUCGGUGCUGGGGAGGAGUACAGAGAGUUGAUGGAGGGGUUCGAUGCACAGGUUUGGCAGAAGAAUGGGAUUGAGUUGAAGUGA